AUGGCCGACUUUGAGGUUGCUCUCGAGGAGCUGAUUGAGUCCAAACUGUCAAAGUUACACCUGGAUCAAGAUCAUGAAGAGUUGUCGUCGUUCGUGAUCGGGAUUGUCAAGGAGGAUUCCUUUGAGCGUGAGGUGGGUCGAUCGGACGUGUGGUGGAAGUAG